AUGGUUCUCUUUCCAUCUUCCAAGACACAACCACCGCAAGUUCUCUUCCAAUCUACAACUCAACACACGGUUCUUUGCACCAAAUUCCUCAAAAAACAGAAAAAAAUGGGCUCCGUCGUCCUCCCUCAUCUCAACACCGGCUGGCACGUCGACCAAGCCAUCCUCUCAGAGGAAGACCGUCUCGUUGUCAUCCGCUUCGGCCGCGACUGGGAUUCAGACUGUAUGCGCCAAGACGAAGUCCUCUAUAAGAUCGCCGACAAGGUCCGCAACUUCGCUGUCAUCUACCUCUGCGACAUCGACCAGGUCCCCGACUUCAACCAGAUGUACGAACUCUAUGACCCGUGCUCCCUCAUGUUCUUCUUCCGAAACAAGCACAUGAUGAUCGAUCUGGGUACUGGUGACAAUAAUAAGAUCAAAUGGGUUCUUGAGGACAAGCAGGAGCUCAUUGAUAUUUUCGAGACGGUGUACCGAGGUGCCAAGAAGGGACGUGGUCUGGUCGUCAGUCCCAAGGACUACUCCACCCGACACAGGUAUUAG